AUGAUAGACUUACGCAAUAAGAAAGGAAAUACAGCUCUUGUAAUUCCCCUGCAGCAGCAGCAGCAGCAGCAGCAACAGCAGCAGCAGCAGCAGCAGCAGACAAUAGACUAUAACUUAAAAGGUAAACAAGAUGAAGAGCAGCAACAGCAGCAGCAGCACCACCUGCAGCAGCACCACCACCUGCAGCAGGAGCAGCAGCAGCAGCAAGAGGUACCUGUAUUUUAUAAGCAGCAGCAACUCUUCUUCUUGCCCCUACAUCCCCGGGGUGUAUCUGCAGUUGCUGUUGAUGUGCUGCAGCUGCGGCUCAGGGAGACGCGGGACUUCCUGCUGCAGCAGCAGCAGCAGCUAAGGAGUCUUCCUCUGCUAGGCUCGAGCAGCAGCAGCUGCUGCAGCAGCAGCUGCUGCAGCAAGAGUGUCUGUCUGUUUGCCGGAGCAGUUGGUGUCCUGCAGACACCGCAGCAGCAGCAACAGCAGCAGCUGCAGCAGCAGCAGCAAGAAGGAUUAAUAAUCUCAGGUGUCUACGCUACUAGCAGCAAGAUCCAUAAGGUCGUCGCCACUCGAUUUGGCAGCAGCAGCAGCAGCAGCAAGGAGGGGGAACAGCAGCAGCAGUAG